UCGACACGGUCGGACCUGUCAGUUCCGCCAUGUACUCGAGCGGUGGUGGUGGUAAUAAUAUGGCCGCCGCGCCCACUAGCGUCGUCGUCCUCGAUCGCGGCAAUAACACCACGUGCACAAUCAAUUUACACGGCGCUACGGUAGUUUCGUGGCGAGUCAACAAUCAAGAGCAACUCUUCGUCAGUAAACAGGCCGUUUUUGACGGGAAAAAAGCCAUCCGAGGAGGCAUCCCAUUCGUUUUCCCUCAAUUCGGUUCGUGGAAUUAUGGACCUCAACAUGGGUUUGCUCGCAUCAUUCGUUGGCAUGUCGAAAAGGCGCCAGAGAGAUUACCAUCUGGCGAUAUCGAGGCCAUGUUCUGCAUUGUGGACAAUGAGGUGACUAGGUCCAUGUGGAACUUUCCUUUCCGCCUCUCCUAUCGGCUCAUUCUCCGUGAAAAAGAACUUCACUUUAACAUCGGCGUCUAUAACGUCGGAAAAGAUGUCACCUUCUCAUUCAAUUUGCUACUGCACACCUAUUUUAAAGUGCCAGAUGUUCGCAGGUGUCAAAUCACUGGAUUACAAGGAUGCACUUUUGUUGACAAGACUAGGGAUGGAGCUAUUUACCAAGAGGUCAGGGAUGUUGUCACUGUCAAUGAAUACACAGACAGGGUCUACCAAAACACACCCCAAGAGCACAUAAUCACCAAUGUGGUUUCAAACAGGAAAAUGAGGAUUCAAAAAUACAACUUCCCUGAUACAGUGGUGUGGAAUCCUUGGGUUGAGAAAGCCAGAGAAAUCCAAGAUUUCGGUGAUGAUGAAUACCCCAACAUGAUCUGUGUCGAAGCUGGACAUGUUUCAGAGCCAGUGAUUCUUCUACCUGGCAAUGCAUUUGAGGCAUCUGAAAUCCUUCAAGUCAUGUGAGAUGAUGCCUAACUCAGCAGAGAGAAUCUGCAAGAGGAAUCCAAGAAAACCAUUUUUCAAUUGCUCCCCAUUCUUCAUCACUAUGGAAUUUCAGUGUUACAAAAUUAGCGCCCAAAAUCAAACUUUCAAAAGAUUAAACUUAAUUUUAAAAACAAAUUUCAUACUAUACUUUUAUCCAAGGGAACUUUUUUCGUAUUAAACUGUGUUGAUAGCACAGAAAAAUCCAUCUUUUAGCAAUAAUGAGCUAUGAAUUCUUUUGUCGAAAACAAAUAUGCAAUUUUUUUAAACCAAGUCCACAGACAAGUUUAGGUGAUCAUAUUGUCCUUACUUCUAUCGAUACUCUCUUGUGUACAACUAAAAGAUGUUGUUUUCUCGAGUUCAGAUACAUCACAAAUAUUCGAUUGUCUUCAGUUGUUCGUUCCCCGACAAAUCCCAGUGAGACAAAAAAAAAUCUUUCGUAAUUGUUCUUUCAUUCUUUCUCAUGGCUCCUUCUUUUUUUGUUAUUUCCACAUUUAAUAUAAAACCUUGGUUUUUCAAAAUGUUUAAAUGCUUAAAAGGAUGACAUUCAAUAAACUUUUUUAAAAUUCA